AUGUCAUCGGGCCUCAGUUACUUCUCGCGGGUAACAGGAAGCAGUGGCUCUUGUACGCAGUCCAUUGGCAGCGAUGAUUCUUGGUCCCAUCACAGUGGGAUUGCGCCCCAACAGCCGCCGAUGUAUGGGACCCCGAGCGAAAGUCCUAUCAUUUACCACCCAAGCGCUACAAGGAUGUCACCACCCCACAUUGAACGCGGACCCAUGAACGUCCCGAGUGCUGCCGCUAGAGGCCCCAAACCUAUUUCACCGGAUUUUAACUUCUCCAUGCCGUACAGCGGGCUGCCAGUGACUUCCCAGAUCAAUGCCAAUAUAGCUGCACCAUCAGGAACUUCACUACCACGCCCCGCCCCUCAUUAUCCGGAGUGGGAUCAUCCUGCUCGCUUGCCGGCGGAGUCUUUGAGACGGGAAUUUGACUUUGCCAGGUCUUUCGAGACGCCGGAAUACAUGGUUGAGAGGAACAGCCGACGGUUUGGUGAAAAGUUUAAGGGCACAACCCGAUAUCAUUCACAGAGAAGACCAUCGAACCGGGAUGAGUUUGAUGGCCCCCACCAAUUACUUGAGCCUCCCUCUCCGCGUGUGAUCGCGGCACAAGGAAGGGACUUGCCUCAUCUACCUACUAAUCUUGAUGUUUCAGAACAAGAUCGUAUCCUGUCCUCGGUGAACGACCGACUAUCGCAGUGCGCGUUUGACUUUGUUGCAAAGUACCAGUUUCCAAUCCCACUGGAGCCUGACAAGAGACAGGUGAGAGUUCCCUCAGACCGUGAAUGGACUGAGUGGGUAUACCUCCUCAAAAGACUGGCCACCAAGCGGCGGAUCCCCGCCAGGGUCCUGUAUAAUGGCCAGAUCAAGCAGUUAGUCACCAUACUGGAGAACUCCUUGGAGAUGCGCCAUGCUGCCAAGCAUCAAUCCAGGCCCAUCAAGGACGAUCGCAACGUCCUUCAGCUUAUCUCCGCCGGCACGCAGGUGGCCAAAAUCUUGAAGGAUGCCGCUGCGAUGGAGUACCUUGACAAUCUUUAUCUUGACACGGAGAAGCGUAUUCAGGACCGGCGCAGUCGUCGAGUGAAAUUUGCCGGCCCUUGA